AUGCUCUGGUCAAUAUCUCGGAUGCCGGAAGCUGGUGACAAGGAAUAUGCCAUGUUGUGCCGUUUCUGUCGCUGCUCAACAUCCUCCCUGUGGCAUGUGGAUGCCGGUGCUCUCUGUACACAUGGAAAGAGGGCAUGCUCACAAGGCAUGGAGCUUCAGAGAACGCCCAGAUCUCUCCGUCGUCCAAUCAGUCCGCCACCAUCAAAAGCUAGAAAGAUAGAAGGAGAAGCCACGCGAGCUCGACGGGUACUGCAAUCGCCGUUCCGGCUCACCAAGAUCCGCGACCUGGGCCCGGACAUGAACGUGGACACAAUCUCUCUCUCGGACCUGCUUGGCGACCCGCUCAUCUCGGAGUGCUGGCAGUUCAACUAUCUCCAUGAUGUCGACUUUACCAUGUCUCAUUUCGAUGAGGACACGCGGGGUCUGGUCAAGGUGCACGUUGUCCAUGGCUUUUGGAAGCGGGACGAUGCGAACAGGGUCGCGCUGGAGGCUCAAGCAUCACGUUACGGCAACGUCAAGCUACACGCGGCUUACAUGCCAGCAAUGUUCGGCACCCACCAUUCCAAGAUGAUGAUACUCUUUCGGCACGACGACACAGCCCAGGUCAUCAUUCACACCGCAAACAUGAUAGCCAAGGACUGGACCAACAUGACGAACGCAGUCUGGCAGUCGCCACUCCUCCCCUUAGUCAAUCGUCCGUCAGGACAGACCUCGGCAACGGGCGGCGUGUCAUCCCUCGUCGUCGGAAGUGGCGAGAGGUUCAAACAUGAUUUGCUCAGUUACCUCAGAGCUUACAACUCAAGACGUAGUGUAUGUACCUCGCUUGUGGAGGAGCUUAACAAGUACGACUUCGCGGCAGUCCGCGGAGCGCUCAUCGCCAGUGUGCCGGGAGUACACGAGAUCGAACCCGACGAUGGGGAGACCUGCUGGGGCUGGGCGGCAGCGAGGAAGACGUUGAGAUCGGUUCCCAUCCAGGCCGGGCGCAAAUCAGAAGUCGUUGUGCAGAUCUCAUCCGUGGCCACUCUCGGGCCGAGCGAUACGUGGCUGCAAAAGACCCUGCUGCAUUCCUUGACCUCGCCGACAAAGACUUCAGAGAAGCCUGCAUUCCGUAUCGUCUUCCCGACGCCUGAUGAGAUCAGGCGGUCGCUCGACGGGUACGCAUCAGGAGGCUCGAUCCACAUGAAGAUUCAGUCUGCCCAGCAGGCCAAACAGCUGCAGUACAUGCGACCAAUGCUCUGCCACUGGGCCAACGAUGCCGACAAGGGCCAAGUCUUGCCCGGCAACCACCACGAGGCAGGUCGACAGCGAGCGGCUCCACAUGUAAAGACAUAUAUCAGGUACCACGAAAACAGCAACACAAUGGACUGGGCGCUUCUCACUUCGGCAAACAUAUCCAAGCAAGCUUGGGGGGAGGCGGCCAAUGCAGCUGGAGACAUCAAGAUUGCGUCGUGGGAAAUUGGCGUCAUGGUCUGGCCCGAGUUGCUGACCGGAGAACCCGAGACCAUGAUGGUGGGAACAUUCAAGGCUGACAGCCCCUCCGAAGAAGCACUUGGUGAGAUCCCCAGUGCAACGCUGGUAGGGCUCCGCAUACCGUACAAUCUUCCCUUGCGCCGGUACGCCGCAACCGAACUCCCGUGGGUAGCAACUGCAAGCUAUUCCGAGCCCGACUGGAGAGGGCUUACUUGGACUAAAUGACAUGGGUGAGGGAUCAGAUUCGGGGAACCUAUAAGCGCACAGAGUGGCAUCAAAGUCGUACUCGGGACCCCGAGCCGCACAAGGCCCCGGUGAUUCGAGAGCGUAACAAGAGCAGGCUGUUGGUCACUCUUGCGGUUGGAGUCUCACAUCAUAGCAACGCGCAGC